GGCCUCGGCGGGGCGGGGCGCGGCCAGUGGGCUCCCGGGUCCGCGCGCGCCGAGUCGCCCGGCGCUGCUGCGCUGCCGCCCCUUCUCCGAGCAGGAUGGCCGACAGCAGGUCCAGACCUGCCAAAGCUGCCGACCGGACGCCCCCCAAGUCUCCUGGGGACCCCACAAGGGACAAGGCAGCCAAGAGGCUGUCGCUGGAGCCGGAAGGUGCCCCUGAGGGGGCAGCCGCAGCGGGCCCAGAGCUCAGCGCCCUGGAGGAGGCCUUCCGGAGGUUCGCCGUGCAUGGUGACUCGCGGGCCAGCGGGCGGGAGAUGCACGGGAAGAACUGGUCCAAGCUGUGCCGGGACUGCCGGGUGAUCGACGGGAAGAACGUGACGGUCACCGACGUGGACAUCGUCUUCAGCAAAAUCAAGGGCAAGUCGUGCCGGACCAUCACGUUUGAGCAGUUCCAGGAAGCGCUGGAAGAGCUGGCCGGGAAGCGGUUCCGAGACAAGAGCAAGGAAGAGGCCGUGCGGGAGGUGCAGCGGCUGGUGGAGGGCAAGUCCCCCGUCAUCGCAGGGGUGACGAAAGCCGUCUCCUCGCCCACCGUGUCGCGGCUCACGGACACCAGCAGGUUCACGGGCUCCCACAAGGAGCGCUUCGACCCGUCGGGCAAAGGCAAGGGCAAGGCCGGCCGCGUGGACCUGGUGGAUGCGUCGGGCUACGUGUCGGGGUACAGGCACGCCGGCACCUACGACCAGAAGGUGCAGGGGGGCAAGUAGGCCCCCCGGGGCCAGGACGCUGGGGCUGCCGGCGGCUUCGCCACAUUCCUGCGCCUCCGCGGGCGGACAGAGGACAGCCCGGGCCGGGCGUGGUCCCGCGGGAGGCGCCCCACCCGCCCCUUCCCCGCGUGUGCGUCUGGGGUCCGACCCCUCACCUGUCCUAACGCGCCUCGUCCCGAGCUGCCGGGGGUGUCCCAAGAACUGCAGGGACGAGGGGCACGGCCUGGUCAGGGGCCGCGCGGAGCUAAUUCACUAACGACACCGCAGCAGGCGAGGCCCCGAGCAAGCCCCGGAUGGCUCUGCGGAGAGGCUGCCCGCUCGGGCCACAGGGAGCCCUCCACACGCCCUCGACACCCGGGGCCAAGCCCAGGCUGGGGCAGCCACAUUGCCGCCGGGUCCCUUGUGGGGGCUGGGGGUGGGUCACACACACACGCGUGUGCACAUCGACACGCACACACACGCCUGCUGGCCAGGUGUGGCCAGGAGUGGGCGCAGGAAAGCAAGUCUCCCCAGUCCACCAGGGAAGCGCGACGUGGAGCGCGGAGGUGGAAGUUUCUCCAGAUGGAACCUCAGUGCACCCCGUGCUGCCUCUGAGGACACGGGGGAAUCGUGCAGGCACCACCCGCCAGCAGCACGGCCCUCUGUGUUCACUCGCAGAACCAGGCUGGAAAGAUCCGGAAUGGCCUGUUUGUGCACCACUGUCCCGUCAGCGGCAGAGGCUGGCUCUCCUUUGUGCAGCGUGGGCUCCGAGUGUUGGCUUCCCGUGGGGGCUCUGGCCGAGCGCCUCCUGUGCUGCACGGUCCCCGCUCUGCGCCCCGUCCUCCUCAGCCCUGUGGCUUCUCGGGACUUCCUCUUGGGAGCCUCGUGGGUACACACGGCCUUCCCGGCCUCUCAACCCAGGCAAGACCAGCCGGAGGCCUUGCACGAGCUCCCGUGCAGCCCCCGCUGUGGGGCGUUCCCAGCCUUCUGCAGCCCCCUGCCCGGCCGGCGUGUUCUGCACUUUGCGGCCGCUUGGGAGUCAGCGUGUGAGGGAAGGGCCCGUGGGCGAGGCAGGAUGCAGCCACGGGCCCAGGAAGUUGGCCCUGGAGCCCCUGGAGUCUCGGGGAUGUGCACUGGGCCUCGGGACAGGUGGUCCUUCACUCCCGGGGAAGCUGCCCUCCCAACCCGGCCCGUGUCCCUUGCUCCUUCUGACGAGGUGCAGACACCCAGCCAGCUUCACCCCGCAGGCACUGCCCUCACACUCCCCAUCCCCAGGGAUGCCCGUGCGGGGACCCCAUGGGGACAGCCCCUCCUGAGGCUGUGCCCGAGGCGCUGAGGCUCCAGGGCUCUGAGUUGCACUGAGGACGUGGCCUCGCCAUUUUCUAAUGUGUGAAGAGGGCCGGGGACCCCAGCCCCACCUCUCCUGCCCGGCUCUGUGUGAACGCCGGAAGCGAGAGCAACAUGGCUGCCGAGUGUUUCCAGUGGCAACCUGUCCCCCGAGGGAGGGGAAAGCUCUCGUUUCCAAACUGCCCCAACUGUUCCAUCAGUGCUUAACAGCCGGGGCACCCAAGGCUCCAACCCUGGAGCUGGCCCAGCACCCGGCACCCACUGCAGGUGCUGACAGGCCCCAGGGGAGCACCUACCACGCAUCUCGGCUGAGGCUGCCGCCCACCAAUGCCCUGGUCCCAGCUGUCAGGCCACGCAACAGGGCCUGGACAUGGAGCCCCGUGGGACACCCAGGUCUGCCGAUUGGGGAGCAGGGGAACGGCUUGGUGGCCGGCUUGUGGGGUGGAGGCCUCAGGUCCCAGCCCACGACAGCUCCGAGGAGCGUGGAGGCCACCAGGACAGAUGCCCUCUCAGCACCCACAGGAUGCCAGGCGUCCACAUACUGACCGGGGAGGGCAGGCUUGUGCUCCUGAAAGCCUCAGCAGCCCCCAGACGAUGCCCAGCAUGCCGGGGUCUAAGCAGAUGAGAAGCAGGGCCCGGCCAGAGGGUGUCCACGCUCAGAGCAGGGGGCCCGGGGCGCUGGACACCGGCUGGUCGGACAGCUUGGCCCUCAGGAUGGCGCCGUCCCCUCCUGUGGCCCCAGGAUCUUUCAUUCGGAGCCAGGUCCAGCCUGCAAAGCUGAUGCCAUCUCACCUGAGGCUAACGGAGAUGGGCAACGGGAUGAGAAACUGAUUUCUACUGAAAAUCUAAACAUGCAUCUGAUAGUAAAACAAAGCCAGUGCCCUCUCUGGAUCUCGUGCACGGAAACUGGGAGCCCUUCCCAUCCUUAGCCGAGGGCCUGGGCUGGUGCCCACCCAGGGGGCCUGUCGUCCACCACAUGCCCGAGGCCGGGGCUCUGCAGUGGCCGCCCCUGGACGAUACCCAGCCCCACCGUUGGAUGCACCCCACACCACAGCCUCACUGGGCCCCUCCCCACGCGAGCCCGGAAGGUGCCUGCUUCCGAGGCCUCCAGAGCAAAGCUGCAGCUGUGAAGACACUACGAGAGGAGGAGAACACAGAAUCGCGGCGGCCCAGUGGCCACCAGGGUUGGUUUCCAGUGGCCUUGGCAGGAACUCGACUCGGCCGCCCCCACUGCCCACAGCAGCCACAGGGUUGUCCCCCCGUUUCUCAAUAGCGCAGAUGCACAGGCCGAGUCCACCCUUGUAUGUUUUCAUCCAGUGCCGAGUAGCUUCGACUAACCAAGGUUAAAUUCACAACAGUGUUUAUCUGUGAAGAAAAUCUGCAGUGUCCCAAGAGCCAGGGAUGCCCCCAGGUGAGGCCAGCCAUGGAGCAUGAGCUCCAGGUGAGGGGAGCAGUGGAAAUCUACAAGUGCGGGUCGGGCCGGAACACCUGUUUAUGGCUAUUUAGUGCACACGGGCAGAACAGGGUUAGUGUUACCCAAAUCCAGCAUCAAAGUAUGUAACUUCAAAAUGUGAUAGCAAAAGAUAUAUAUUUAUACUGCACUAUUUUUUACUCUUUUUAAUACCCUCAGUCUUAAGUUUUGGGGCAGAUGAAAAUUACAGCGAAUGUUGACAGAUCAGGGAAUGCACAGUCAGGUUUUGUUUGCAUCGCCCCCUCUGCGCCGCGGCCACACCCUCCCCAUCACUGCGCGGCUGGGAGAAGUCCAGCGGGGACCACCGCGCCCUGCCAGGGAGUCUCCUGACGCUGCAGGCAGAGGGCUCGGCCGCACUGCGAGGCGACCCACGUGCCGGCUCAGCAACACUGGACAAGGGCGGCUCCGCCGACCGACUGCUGAGUCUGGGGGCCCAGGAGCCUUGGGCCUGGGGGUGUGGGGGGUGCACAGCCGACCCGGACCCUGUGCUGGGAGAGGCCCCAGUCUGCCCCGGCUCCCCUUGGGCUUCUUCAGACGCUGGCCAAAGCAGCCACGAGGACUGCGGGCGGCUGCACUACGCGCCUCAGGAAGGGAAGCGGUUUUCUAUGGAUGCGGGCAGUCUAUUUUUACACUGGUUGAUGUGGGAGUCCGUGUUACAGUUACCCUGUGGCGGGGGAAGCCUGUCAGCGUCACGGGUGUCCUCACGAGAAAGCACUGCUGCUGCCUGCGCCGCGGCCCCACCCCGCAGAGCACAGACCCCAGAACCCGCGGGCCCGACGGCACGUGCGAGCCUCCAACCCCAUCGCACAUGCGCGGCCCCCACCCCACAUCGCACGUGCACAGCCCAGACCCCCCGCAUUGCACGUGCUCACCCCCCACGCCACAUCGCACAUGUGCACCCCAGGCCCCGUCGCACGUGCACGGCCAUCGUGGCCGUGGGACUCCGCGGCCGCACUAGGGAACCUCAUUGGAACACGGUGUCUGUGCAUCGCUCCUCAUGUGUUCGCUGUUGUGAACGUGUGUUGUCAGAGUGGUAAAGUGAAAAAUAAAGGUGUUAAAAUGUG